GCUUUUUCCUCCUUGGUCGGGAUCAUCUACGAGGGAGCGGAACAGAACACGUGGUGUCCCUCGGGCAGAGAUGGGCCAGUGCCUUGCUGUGGUCUCCCGGGAAGUACCUCCUUCCCGACUUCAGGCACUGGGGCGUUCCAGGGUUCCUGAUCUGGAGGGCACUAGGACCCCGCGGAACGGAGGGGGCAGCCCCUGCGCUGCGAUUCGCUCCCUCCCACCCCACUGCUCCCACUCCAUUGUCUGGGAACUGCAGCCGCCGGGCGGGCGGCGGUGGGGACUCAGGCGGCCGAGUCGGGCGGACGCGGAGUGGGCGCGGGAGAUGCCGAGCCAGAGCGCGGCCACCUGAGCCGCCCGCCUAGUCCCCGGCUUCCGUGGGAAGGAUGUGCGCCUGGAUGGCGGGGCGCGCAAAAGCCGUCCCCCGGGGGCCCUGCGGCCCCUGGUUCUGCCUCCUGGUGGCCCUCGCCCUGGACGUCGUGAGAGUGGAGUGUGGCCAGGAUCCCGUGUACUUACCAGCAGCUCUGGAGCUCCUGGAUGCUCCUGAACACUUCCGUGUGCAGCAGGUGGGCCACUACCCACCUGUCAACUCCUCUCUGGGCUCCCGAACUGAGACCUUUCUACUCCUGCAGCCCUGGCCCAGGGCCCAGCCACUUCUCCGGGCCUCCUACCCACCUUUUGCCAUUCAGCAGGUGGUCCCUCCUCAGGUCACUGAACCCCACCAACGGCCAGUCCCAUGGGACGUGAGGGCCAUCUCAGUGGAAGCAGCCGUGACUCCAGCAGAACCCCAUGCCCGGGUUCUCUUCCACCUCAAAGGGCAAGAUUGGCCUCCAGGGCCUGGCAGCCUGCCCUGUGCUCGUCUGCACGCCACACACCCUGCCGGCACUGCUCACGGAGCCUGCCACUUCCAGCUAUCCUUGGGCGCCUGUGUGGUGGAGCUGGCAUUCCCAUCACACUGGUUCUCAGCGGGCUCCACCACAAGGGCUGAGCUGGCCUACACACUGGAGCCCGCAGCUGAGGGCCCUGGGGGCUGUGGCCCCGGCGGGGAAGAGGACCCAGGGGAGCAGGCCCUCCCAGUGGGUGGUGUGGAGCUGCGACCCGCAGACCCCCCGCAGUACCAAGAGGUACCUCUGGAUGAGGCUGUGACUCUGCGGGUGCCUGAUGUGCCAGUGCGGCCUGGCCAGGUGUUCAGUGCCACCCUUCUGCUGCGGCACAACUUCACAGCCAGCCUCCUGACCCUGCGGAUCAAGGUAAAGAAAGGGCUGCAUGUGACAGCUGCCCGCCCAGCCCAGCCCACCCUCUGGACUGUCAAGCUGGACCGCUUCAAGGGCUCUAAGCACCAUACCACCCUUAUCACCUGCCACCACACUGGGUUCACAGCACCAGGCUCCAGUCCCCUUGAACUGUCCGAGUUCCUGUGGGUGGAUUUUGUGGUGGAGAAUGGCACUGGUGGGGGUGUGGCAGUCACUCGCCCUGUCACAUGGCAACUGGAGUACCCAGGUCAGGCCCCCGAAGCAGAGAAAGAUAAAAUGGUGUGGGAAAUUCUGGUGUCGGAGCGGGACAUCAGAGCCCUCAUCCCACUGGCUAAGGCUGAGGAGCUGGUGAAUACGGCACCAUUGACUGGAGUGCCCCAGCAUGUCCCCGUGCGCCUUGUCACCGUGGACAGUGGGGGUGUACUGGUAGAGGUGACAGAGCACAUUGGCUGUGAGUCAGCCAACACACAGGUCCUGCAGGUAUCUGAGGCCUGUGAUGCAGUGUUCGUGGCUGGCAAGGAGACCCGCGGUGCUCAGGGGGUGCGGGUGGACUUCUGGUGGCGCCGGCACCGAGCUUCGCUGCGGCUGACCGUAUGGGCCCCGCUGCUACCCCUUCGCAUUGAGCUGACUGAUACCACCCUGGAGCAGGUCCGCGGCUGGAGGGUGCCUGGUCCUGCUGAAGGGCCCGCGGAGCCGGAGGCAGAGGCCACAGAGGAGGAGCGGCGCGCCCGUGGCUGUCGCCUGCAGUACCAGCGAGCCGGCGUGCGCUUCCUCGCCCACUUCGCGGCCCACCCGCUGGACGGUGGCCGCCGCCUCACCCAUCUGCUCGGUCCUGACUGGCUGCUAGAUGUGUCCCAUCUUGUGGCGCCGCACGCCCAUGUGCUGGACCCGCACAUAGCCUCGCUGGAGGGAGGCCGCGUCUUGGUGGGCCGGGAGCCCGGUGUCACCUCCAUUGAGGUGCGUUCUCCAUUGUCUGACUCCAUUCUGGGGGAACAGGCACUGGCUGUGACGGAUGACAAGGUCUCAGUGUUGGAGCUGCGGGUGCAACCAGUGAUGGGCAUCUCACUGGCCCUGAGCCGGGGCACUGCCCACCCUGGGGAGGUCACGGCCACAUGCUGGGCACCGUCAGCCCUUCCCACCCCAAAGCAGGAGGUGGCCCUCUCCCUGUGGCUCUCUUUCUCCGACCACACCCUGGCCCCUGCCGAGCUCUACAACCGUCGUGACCUGGGACUGUCUGUCUCAGCUGAGGAGCCUGGUGCUAUCUUGCCAGCUGAGGAACAGGGAGCCCAGCUUGGGGUGGUGGUGAGUGGGGCAGGCGCUGAGGGACUGCCCCUGCACGUGGCUCUGCACCCACCAGAGCCCUGCCGCCGGGGCCGCCACCGUGUGCCCCUGGCAUCUGGCACUGCUUGGCUGGGGCUGCCCCCUGCCCCGACCCCCGCUCCUGCCCUCCCAUCCAGCCCUGCCCAGAGCCUGCCAGCCACAGAAGCCAGCACGGGUGGUGAGCGGCAGGUGGCAGGCAAUACGGGGAGCAACAUGGGUGUGAGGGGCAAGUUUGAACGGGCUGAGGAGGAGGAGGCCAGGCAGGACGAGGCAGAAGCCAGGGAGGAGGAAGAAGAGGAGGAAGAGGAGGAGAUGGUCCCUGCUCCUCAGCGUGUCACCGACCUAGAGCUGGGCAUGUAUGCCCUGCUAGGAAUCUUCUGUGUGGCCAUCCUCAUCUUCCUGGUGAAUGCUGUGGUCUUCGUGCUGCGCUAUCAGCGCAAAGAGCCUCCCGAGAGUGCCCCCGAUCCCUCCUCCCCCCAGCCCCACAACUGGGUCUGGCUGGGCACUGACCAGGAGGAACUGAGCCGCCAGCUGGACCGGCGGUCCCCUGGCCUGCCCAAGGGAGAAGGGGGCUGCCCCUGUGAAAGUGGGGGAGCAGGGGAGGCCUCGACCCUGGCCCCUGGCACUCCUGGGGCCACUGCCAGCUCCUCAAGCACCCUGGCCCGAAAGGAAGCUGGGGGGCGGCGGAAACGUGUAGAGUUUGUGACAUUUGCACCAGCCCCUCCAGCCCAGCUGCCUGAGGAGCCCGUAGGGGGCCCUGCCGUGCAGUCCAUCCUGGUGGCGGGUGAGGACGACAUCCGCUGGGUGUGUGAAGACAUGGGGCUGAAGGACCCUGAGGAGCUUCGUAACUAUAUGGAGAGAAUUCGGGGUAGCUCCUGACCCUCCCCAGCUCACUUGGCCCAACAAGGAUGGGGGUCCCAUGGAGCCUUUAGCCUGCCCCUCCUGCUGGUCCUCUGGUGCUUGUUAUCCAAGUCCCCUGCCUGGUCUUCUGCAAGAACUCCCACCCAGGCGCCCCUGCCCUGCCCCUUGUCAUGGACCAUGGUCAUGAAGAAGGGCGUAUGCCCCUUAUUUAUGGGAACCGUUUCAUUCUAAUUGUGGGUACAGAAUAAACUGAGAAGGAAACCA